AUGAUUGUAUUUAAGUGCCUGAGUACCUACUUUACAGUGUGCAUUAUUGAUUCAGAUUCCAAACGAGACCAUUGCAACAAGACGGUGGAGAUAUACGAGGACGUGUCAUCUCCUCCUGUCACUUCUGAGAACUUCGGGAGGCCCCUCACUUGCACAUACAGGUUUCGAGCCUUUCGCGGGUCUCCAAAAGAUUGGAUACUAAGGAUUAGAUUCAAAAAGUUCAAAGUCGGGACCUUGAUCAACGGUACGACGUGCCACAAGGGAUACAUGCAAAUAGUGGACGGCAACGCAAAGACGGAUGUUUCAAACAGGAAGGAGCCAGGUCUCUUCUGCGGCGAGAUAGAACAGCCCCAGACGUUCAUAUCGGAAACCAACUUCGUGAAGAUUGUCUUCCACGCCGACAACUUCACUGAUCAAACUUACUUUAGCUUCGAUUCCAGAGCGGAGCAACAAUUUGAAGUGUAUCUACGCUACGGGCAACAUCCAGAAUUGUACCCCAACCGAAGAGGGGAGGUGGUUGCGGGAUACCAUCUGAACACAAGACUCCCGUACAUAAAGCUGUACAUAGAAAACGAAGAAUUUAACAUUGACGGGCAGAGAUGUGAGAAUAUCAUGACCUGUCCUAUGAGACCAAUAACUUCUGACUCCAAACUGAACAGGGUAAAGUUAUCUGAGUCUAUAAGGUCAGAAAACUGUCCAUAUGACUACAUCAGGAUUUAUGACGGCAAAGAUGAGUCAGCAUCUGUGAUUGGCACCUUCUGCGGCAUGGGAAAGUUUCCAUACUCCAUUAUUGGCACUUCCCAGGACUUGUUUGUUGAGUUCGUCAGUUCCCCAGCAGGUCCACUUCUCAACACCGGCUUCCAUUUCAACGUUGGCAACUGGCCUGGACAUGUAGAAGCUCCAGGUUCUAAAGUCGGCACCUGUGAUUGGCUACUAACAGCUGAAACCCUCAAGAAGUCAGGCGACACUGAAGGCAUCUUCCUGUCUGUUGCACAUUGGUAUCCCCCGCAUACAUCCUGCACGUAUCUGAUGCAAGGAUUCCCUGGACAGGUCGUUAGGUUGUACUUUCCAAGUUUCCGAAUAAACCGCAUUGAGUCUCCGAUUCAGCCUUGGACUGGGGACUGUGGAGAGUCUCUUACUCUGUAUGAUGCACCGAGACCUGACGAUGCUCGCAUUAUCAAGACAUUCUGCGACACGUUCAGCCGACCGAUGGAGAAGCACGACUUUGUGUCAACUGGCAACGCUAUGUUUGUUAGAUUUGAGAGCAAGACUGGUAGUUAUAGCGGAUCAUCCCUCUACUACUGGGCUCACUACGACUUCUUCAAUAACACACGUUUCGGAGAACCAGUCCCUGGCACAGCUUGUGAUGAGAUCAUAGCAUCAUGGAAGCAAAGAGCUGGUAGACUGAGGUCUCCUCUGAACACCCUGGUGUAUAAACAAGCCUCGCCAGGAGAAGAUGUCCACUGUCUCUACAGAUUUGUAACAGAUAAGAGGAUUUAUGCCAGAGAACACCCAUACACAUCGGUAACCUGUCAAAACUGUUACGAAGACCGCGCAGACAAAUUGAUCAUCUGGGAACCAUACCCAAGUAGCAAGAUACCCAACAUUACAGCACCAGGAGUGAGCACCACGCCUCUUCCUCUCCACUUGGCUGUUCAGCGCUCCCUUGGAUCCUGUCUUUGUGCCAAACAUGCAAACGCUGUGUCCAGAGCAAGACCAUACAGGGUCGUGUCAUCAGGAGAAAGCCUAAAUCUCCAACUUAUAGUAGACAACGCCCAUGCGGCUGCCUCAUACUUCAAGAAUCCUUCUCCACUCUUUGAAGCCCGCUAUGAGUUUGUUCAUGGCCCACUCUGUGGGCCAGCUGUUUUGGCAGCUGCAUCAGAUGGUGAAAUAGUCUAUCCACAUUUAGAAGCCCUUGGCUAUAUGGAACCGCCGAAGAGAAUACAGUGUAUAUGGGAUCUGGAGAUAGAAGAAAAGAGAGAUAUUUGGCUACACUUUGAAAGUAUUAAGUUCGCUUCACGUCACUGCGAAGAUGGCAAUAUCCAGAUUUACUUGCCUGGACGGUUAGAUCCAUAUCUCUCAGUAUGUGGUGAUAAUGUCACAGAAACAGAAAAACUGCCAAUACUGUCGGCUGGAGAACUUGGUUUUGAAUCUCUAGAUGAUCCAUUAGUGAUUGAAAAAGAAAAGACGAGAUCUAUUCGUAUUGUCUUCAUCGGUAGCGCGUCACCAGCAAGAGCUGCCUUCAAAAUUGCCUGGACUGGGCUUUACCAUCUACCGAAGAAUUCUGAUGGCACACUAAUGACUUCACGGCUAACUGACGGAGAAACAAAAUCUCCUGACUCAGGUCAUGGGUGUGACUUUAUUUGUCCUGGCGAAGCACUCUGUAUUCCAGCCAGAUUGAUUUGCAAUGGAGUAGUUAAUUGUCCAAAUGUCACUUCAGGUGAUCGUAAAUUCUGGACAGCUGAAGAAAAACGAGCGCGAGAAGCGUACUCUGAGGACAGUCUAAGACGCUUAGGAUAUUUGGAUUUAUUGGGAGGACUUCCAUUGGGACAAUUGCAUGAUGAAGCUCCUGAGCUUUGUGCUAGAGCCAGGAGCAUUGGUGGAAAUGAUUGGACGGCGCCUGCAUUAGGUGCCGGAUUAGCGAUUGCUAUUGGUGUGUGUGCUCUCGGUGCCGCCUGGCGCCUGUGCUGCCGCAAGCGAUCUCCAGACGAAGAGUCCCUGGAUUACUGACAUGCGGCCCGCGGUGCGCCUCACGCACCGCCGUCGCUCCACUCGCGGUCUACCUCCAGGGACCUCCCUAUGGAUUGGAGCCUCCAUUGACAGACGCUAUAUUGAGCGCCGGAGCCCUCCUUUGUUGAUUACUGAGAACCAAGUUCUUUGCUUGUUAUUGUUACCCGGAUAUUGGUAAUUGUAUACCAUACCAUAAUUACUAAAAAAACACAAUCCUGUCAAUUUUCACUUAGAAUUUUUCUAUAUAAAUAUCUCCAUAUAACGAUAGUGGCAAGCAGUUGGAGUUGCGUGUUCAAGGCAAAUUUUGGUAAUGUGGAAAGUUUACGAUUGAAGUGAAUCAGUCUAAUUUGUUAACAACGACAGUUGUUGCAGCCAAAAGUUUCCUUAUAACUGCUUGGAGCUGUCAUUAUAUUUUUACUAAAGUUAAGUACGGCAAUUUGAAUGUACUUUAUUGAAGACACUCCCGAUAUUUAUCGUGUUUAAUUUUAGGAGGGUAAGUCUCCCGGCGCUCAAGUUGACGAUGUUGUUUUGUAAUUAAUGUAUAUACCCGUAUACCUAAAUUAAACCUAACGUUAAUUAAUGCUUCAAACGAACGAUCAUAGGUUAGGGCAAGGUGAUAGUAGCCAAACAGUUAAGUCAUUAUCAAUUUAGGUAGUAAUAGUGAUGUUUUUAUAACAUGGCGUAAGUAAGACAUUCCUACGACGGGAAUGGGUUCAACAUUAUGGUUUUUGAACUCAUCAUAUUUAGCAUCAAGUUGACUCCUCUCAUUAUGUGCUCGAGAAAAGAUCGCCAAGUUCGUUCACGAUGACAAUGAAGAAAGUUCUACUGAAGUUUGAUUUUAACGCUAAGUUACUUCAUAUCAGUAUUGUAAAAUAAAGUGCUCAAUAUAAUGUGAACUUGGCGAACUUUUUCGUACACGCUGGCUUCAAAGCGAUUUGACUGACUGCGAAAUCAUGUAACCUAUUCGUUGUAAUGUAAAUAUAUUUGACUAGAUUGUAAGAUCGUUGAUAGAGUAAGUUGUGGCAGAUAUCAUUGACUUCUCGUAAAUUUUCAUAACAAUUUUGGAUAUUUACUUUAAUAAUGUUCUUAAACAUGUUUCCUUAACAUCGCCACCUUUAGAUGCAAGAUUCUGAUGCCCAAAUAAGUUUGAAAUAGUUCAGUUAAAACCUCAUUCUUAUUAAGUCGAAAGUGUUGCCAGAAAUCAAUGAUAUGUACCUAAAAAUAAACUAAAAAUGCGCACUGCGGUUAGCUACGAUUAGUUCUGUAUCUGCAAUAAUAAUUUUAUCAACUUGUAACAUUUAUUUAGUUUUUGGAAUAAAUAUUUGUCAUUUAUAUACGUUGCACAGUUAGCUAUUAGAUUAUUUUCACUGAAUAUGCUUUUAAAAGUUAUUGGAAUUACAACCGUAUCUAUUUGUGUUAAGGUGUGAGCAAUAUCUGUUAUGAAAACGAUGUUUUCUAAAAUAUUAAUAACACUUUUUGUCUUGAUAUAGUGUAUAUUGUCUGCAUUGAUUUGUCAUCAUUACUUGAUAUAUUGGCUCGUUUACCUAAGCUCAUAAUUUUAUUAUCAUACCUACUUUAAAACAGAAACAAGACGAUAAGAACUAAAUAUUCAUAUACUACAAAACAUAGAACAUCAAAAAAUUAUUCUAAUCUAAAAUGUAAGGUCGAUUUGUGUUCUAGAUCCAGCCUAUCAGUAAUAUCGUUAUCGUAAUGGAUAUUGCUCAAUUCUAAGCCUUAAGUUUAGUACAAUAAUAAAUAUAGAAAAGUAUAAAAUUGUUUGCAGUACUAUUUUAAAUAAUAGCUUUAUUUUGACGAGUAAUUUAGAUUUUGUUAGCAUUUACCAGAUGGGUAAUGUUAAAAAAAUAAAAAUAUAUUUUGUACAAAAUAUUC